UCAGAGUCUUUUCGGACCGCAUCGAGGCUACAGUGUAUGCUCCCUUGCAAGGUGGUAGCGCCCAGCCGGCAACGCCUGUGCCCUUCCCGUCCGUAGACUUCUCUACCGCCGCCGGCUUAUCUUCCUGAGAGCACUUCCAGCACAUCCUGUCAACAAUGCCUGCACUGCAAGCGGCGAUAGAGGCGAGCCCUCACGGAGCAGCGCAGACCUACUCAAAGACGUCCCUCUCCGUCCUCCUCGUUUGCGUCCUCACGCAAGGUACGGAAGAGAUCAGCGCCAACUCGUUGCAGAGAGGCGUCAGCCACUCUGCGCUUGUGGCAGCUCUUCUGGUCCUCAGUCGUCGGCUGACUCAGAAUCCAGUCGCAUGGCGGGAUCUGACGUUGGCGCAAGUCCUGCCAGCUGAGAAACUGGCCGGCUAUAUGGCGAAGGUGCAAAAGAACGUCGAAAGCUCAAGUGCAUUUCGUGCUCGGAAUCCUAACUCCCCGCCCAACUAACUCCCCGCCCAACAAGCGCCGACCAGGAGAACAGCAGAAAGCACGCGGACUCAUGGGCGAAAAAGGCGUAUUUCCGUGUCCUGGCCAACAGUGCAAUUUGGCGAGACCAGUCUAUCAAACGCAAGGACCGCAAGGCUGCCAAAGCGUGCUCGGCAUGGACUGUCGAUAAU